UGUCCAAACCCAAGCUACCACUACUCAAACCAACCCGUUCAGCCGCGGCAUCGCCACCCUCACAUCACGUACAAACACUUGUCCUGUCGCGACCCGACAGCUUUGCUCAAACCACUUCAACCCCCAUACUAAUUCUCCAUGCCGCCACAGAAGAUGAUCCGCCGCAAGAAGAACGUGAAGAAGGGAAUCCAGUUUUGUCUGAUGGUCUGCGGUGCCUCAGGAACAGGCAGAACCACCUUCGUCAACACCCUUUGCGGAAAGAGCGUCCUUGCCCACAAGGAGUCGGACGAUGCCACCACCGCCCACGUCGAGGACGGUGUAAAGAUCAAGCCCGUCACAGUCGAGCUUGAGUUAGAUGAGGAGGGCACCCGUAUCUCUCUGACCAUCGUCGACACACCCGGUUUCGGUGAUCAGAUUGACAAUGAGGCGAGCUUCUCAGAGAUCGUCGGUUAUCUCGAGAGACAAUAUGAUGACAUCUUGGCCGAGGAGUCGCGUAUCAAGCGUAACCCCAGAUUCAGAGACAACCGUGUCCACGCUAUGCUCUACUUCAUCACACCGACUGGUCACGGUCUCCGAGAACUCGAUAUUGAGCUGAUGAGGCGCCUCGCUCCCCGCGUCAACGUUAUCCCUGUGAUCGGUAGGGCCGAUUCCCUAACACCCGCCGAAUUGGCCGAGUCGAAGAAGUUGGUCAUGGUGGAUAUUGAGCACUACCGUAUUCCCGUCUACAACUUCCCCUACGACAUUGAAGAGGACGACGAGGACACCGUCGAGGAAAACGCCGAGCUGAGAGAUUUGAUGCCUUUCGCAAUUGUCGGUUCUGAGGAUAUUAUCGAGAUUGGCGGUCGCUCAGUUCGUGCCAGGCAAUACCCCUGGGGUGUCGUCGAGGUUGACAACCCUCGUCACUCGGACUUCCUCGCCAUUCGAUCCGCCCUGCUUCACAGCCAUCUUGCAGACUUGAAGGAGAUCACCCACGACUUCCUCUACGAGAACUACCGUACCGAGAAGCUCAGCAAGAGUGUCGAGGGUGGUGCUGGAGUCGACUCUUCUAUGAACCCCGAAGACUUGGCGUCGCAGUCCGUCCGCCUCAAGGAGGAACAGCUCCGCCGCGAGGAGGAGAAGCUCCGCGAGAUCGAAAUCAAGGUCCAGCGCGAAAUCAACGAGAAGCGACAGGAGCUGCUCGCCCGAGAGUCUCAGCUCCGCGAGAUAGAGGCUCGUAUGCAGCGCGAGGUUUCAGCACAAGCUGCUGCAGCAUCACCAGUUCCCGAAUCCAACGGCGACCACGAGGCUUAAUCGCUGUGAAUCUCGACUUCGUCUGUUUUUCAGUACUCCUGGUAUAAUGGUGGCCAGACAAAAGUAUGGACUGCGGGCGUUGGAUUCCAUGACAUUCCUACCUGGCUUGCACUUGGUCGUUCCAGGGAAUAGAGGCAGGCAAACCUGUACGCAUUUUUUCGACGAAAGGGGGUCCAAUAAUUCGAGGUGUGGAGGGACAACAGGAGCAGGAGAUAGGUUCCUGUGGUGUAUGAAGCUCUAAUCUCAGCCAGA